AUGAGGUUAUCUCUCCCUUGCAGGAUCACCGCUCUCAGCGCCGUUAUCCUCCUCGCCACUCUCGCUCCUUCUACCCUUGCUCAGAACUCGGCUCUCGUUAACAACAACAACAACAUCAAGAUCAGCAAUAACAGCGGUGCUGAACACUAUACCGUCGCCAAGCGUGCCGGAGAAGACGACCACGACCACGAUCAUGACCAUGACCACCCUCCUGCAACAACAACCGCCGUCGCCCCUGUCGCCCCUGGUGCUACUUUAACUUCCUCGGGCGCUAUCACCAACCCUACGGCUACCCCUGUUCCAGCUCACGACCAUGAUCACGACCACGAUCACGAUCACGAUCAUGACCAUGACCACGACGGCCACGAUCAUGCCCAUGAGGAGGAGGAGAGCCAUGAGGGUCAUGACCAUGACCACUCGGAAGCUGAGGCCGGCCAUUCCCACGGACCCGCUCGCACAUGCGAGGCGCACGACCACGACCACGGCGAGUACGUCAUGUGGCACCACAUCGUCGCCCUCGUUGUCCUCUUGGUCAUCGCAGGCAUCGGCUGCGUCCUCCCCAUGAUCAUGCGUGAGAACAACCGCACCCGCUUCGCCGUCCAGCUUGGCAAAUACUUUGGUGCCGGUGUUGUUCUCUCCGUCGCCUUUGUCCACAUUCUCCCCGAGGCCCUCUUUGCUCUCACCCACCCCUGUCUCUCCAAGGCCUGGACUGAUGAUUACCCCGGUUAUGCCCCCCUGAUCAUGAUGAUCUCUGGUUUGACCAUGCUCGUUAUUGAAUUCCUUGCUUCUACCGUCGCUUUCAAUGUCGAGGCUCAGAACAAGAAAGCUGCCGCUGCCGCUCUCUCUGGUAGCGGCAUCGAGGAAGCUCAUCACCACGGACAUGCCCAUCAUGACGAUUCUGACUCUGCCGAGUUCCGUGACCAAAAGUCUGGCGCUGCCGAGCCCAACACCUCCAAGUCUGCCCACCCCUCCACCUUCGACGACACUGGCUGCAACCACGCCCACGGUCUGGCCAUCCUCGAAUGCGGUCCCGGUGUCUCUACAAAAGUCUCGACCUACAUGCUCGAGCUCGGUAUCGCCCUCCACUCCAUCUUCAUCGGCAUCGCCCUCGGUGUCCUCGCGGGGUCCGAGUUCCUCGCCAUGACCAUCGCCAUCUGCUUCCACCAGUUCUUUGAAGGUGUCGCCCUGGGCUCCCGUAUUGCCGAGUUGACCUUCAAGAAGAAAUGGCUCCCCAUCGUCUUGGUUUUGAUCUUUGCUCUCGUUACUCCCUUUGGUGUCGCCAUCGGAAUGGGUAUGCGGUCCGGUUACCGUGCCAACAGUGUCGAGAACUUGAUCAUCACGGGUAUCUGCAACUCGAUCGCCUGUGGUGUGUUGUUGUACACGGCCUUUGUGACCCUGUUGGGAGGCGAUAUCUUGUACUCUGAGCGGUUCCGUGCCGAGUCGCGUAGUCACAAGGCGAGCUACUUGCUUGCUGUCUGGUUGGGUGCCCUCACCAUGGCCGUCAUUGCCCUCUGGGCCUAA